ACUAGUUCUCAGUCUAUGUCAGUAUAUUACCCCAAUGCUGUCUGCUCUGGCCCAGGGGAGUGUGUGAUAACCAGGGGAGAGUGUGAUGCCCAACCGGUGGUGAGCGGGGCAGGUAAUCUGCCCCCCUCCCCCUCCGGCUUCCGGCGUCGGGGACUGCCUCCCAUUCCUCCCCGGGGCGGAGCGAAGAUCUGGACCCUCCCGCCCUGGGCGCCGCCUCCUCCUAGAUUUCUGUCUGGGCCGGGCCCAGCGCAGAGGAGUGGAGCGGUGAGAGCGACCGGGUGUUCUAGUGAGUGGGGUCACUCCAGGAUGGGUGGGAUACAGGAAGAAGAGCAUCCCUCUGUUGGAUUGUUCCGGGAGUACCUCAGGAUCAGGACGGUGCACCCUCAGCCGGACUAUGAUGGUGCCAUUGAAUUCCUGGAGAGGCUCGGUACAGAGUUGGGUCUUCUCUGUAAGAAGAUUGAGAUUGGUCCUGGCCUGAGAAUCCUCAUCCUCACCUGGGAGGGGACUGACCCCAAGCUGAAAUCUAUCCUCCUCAACUCCCACAUGGAUGUGGUUCCAGUGUUCGAGGAACAUUGGAAGUUUGAUCCAUUUGCAGCCCAGAAGGAUGAAGAAGGGAAUAUAUAUGGCCGAGGAGCUCAAGACAUGAAGUGUGUGACCAUUCAGUACCUUGAAGCAAUUCGAAGGUUGAAGUCAGAGGGCAAAAGGUUUCCACGGACAGUUCACCUGUCGAUGGUUCCUGAUGAGGAGAUCGGAGGUUACAAUGGAAUGGGAAAGCUGAUCAAGCAUGAGGAGUUCCGGGCGUUGAAUAUUGGGUUUGCCCUCGAUGAAGGUUUGGCCAACCCUGGCGAUGCCUUCACAGUGUUCUACGGUGAAAGGAAUGUGUGGUGGGUAUCAGUGCGGUGCCCAGGUAGUCCAGGACAUGGGUCUCGUUUCAUCGAAAACAAUGCGGGAGAAAAGCUGCGUCGAGUUGUCAAUUCGUUCUUGGACUUCAGAGAGAAAGAGAAGAAGAGGCUCAAUCAAAAUGAGUGCCUGACUCUGGGAGAUGUCACCACCGUCAACCUGACCUCCUUAAAAGGAGGUGUAGCCAACAACGUUGUUCCUGAUGAGUUUAUGGCCGGCUUUGACAUCCGGAUCCCUCCCACUGUAGACCUCAAGGCUUUUGAGGAACAAAUGAAGACAUGGUGUCAGAAUGCAGGGGAAGGAGUUGUCUAUGAAUUUUCUCAGAAAACCACCAACAAGCAGCUGACGUCGAUCGACCAGUCGAACCCUUGGUGGAACGCCUUCAAUACCGCCUCUCUCCAGAUGAACAUGACCGUGCAGACUGAGAUCUUCUCUGCAGCCACCGACAGCCGAUUUAUUCGAGAGAUGGGAUACCCGGUGAUCGGAUUCUCCCCGAUGAACCACACGCCCAUCCUGCUGCACGACCACAAUGAACACCUCAACGAGAGGGUCUUCCUCACUGGGAUCAGCAUCUACACCAACCUCAUCCCCGCCCUCGCCCGGGUCCCACCCCUCGCGGGGGAGGCCUGAGGGAGCAGGUCCCACUGCACACUCCACACUUCCUCCCGCCCUCCCUCCCUCCCGCCCUCCCUCCACAUCCCCCCCUCCUCAUCCUCCUCCACGUCCCUCCUCCUCCUCCACCUUCAUGUCCCCCCUCCUCCUCCUCCUCCUCGCCCCUCCUCUUCCUCCACCUCCACGACCCCCUCCUCCUCCUCCUCCUCCUCCUUGCCCCUCCUCUUCCUCCUCCUCCUCCUCCUCGCCCCUCCUCUUCCUCCACCUCCACGACCCCCUCCUCCUCCUCCUCCUCCUUCUCGCCCCUCCUCCUCCUCCUCCUCCUCCUUCUCGCCCCUCCUCUUCCUCCACCUCCACGACCCCCUCCUCCUCCUUCUCGCCCCUCCUCGUCCCCCUUCUAUACACACCUUUCCUUCUCUUCCUCCAGCACCCUGCCCUUGCACCCACUACAAAGACGUUGCUUCCCACCCACCCAGCCCCCUCCCCCUACUCCCCCCCCACCCAAACAUUACCUCACAGCCCCCACCUUGCCCCAUGUCUCCUGAGCAAUCUCUGUGCUCAGUAUUACCUCAGUUACUGAAUGUUUUGACUCUCUCUCAGGCUUAUUAGAUUUAUCAUUGGGCCUUCCACAGGCCUAUCAGUAGUCUCCCCUCCUUUUCCACUGUUCGAUCAGCUGCCUUUAAGCUCUGAGAAACCUUUCUACAUUUUGAAUCUGACAAUUCCACCCAGCUCCUGUUGUCAGCGAGAGCUCCCGGUGCCGGGGAGUGUGGACCCACUGUCGGUCAGCUUGGUGAAGGUGGCUGUGCCUUUUCAACAGGGGAUACUGUUCAGCAGAACCCCUCUCUCAGUCCCAGUGGAGGAGUCCAGAUCUGGGACAGAGCCACCAGGAAAACCCCGGGAACUUGGGACAGCUGCUGUCGUUGGAGGCAGGGGCAGACGUAACUAUAGUGGAGGGCCCCUCCCUGCCCCAGCUGGAAGUCUGACAUCUCCCCAUUCUCUGCUGAGGAGGGGCAUGUCUGGGAACCCCCAGUCAGGGAAGAUGUGGGUCUGUGGACCCCGGGACCCUCACGAUUCAGCCAACUUGAAGCAAGGCUGUGUCUACCCUACAAGGCUGUGUCUGACCCAGCUGACACCCCAAAACCUCCCCACCAUCCAUCAGGUGCGUCAGGAGUACAAUGGAACACUCCCCAGUUGCAUACUCGAGAAGCUCAACACCAUCCAGGACAAAACAGCUGCUCGAUUGGCUCCCAGUCCACCAUCCUAACAUUCGCUCCCUCCCUCGCCGGCACACAGUUCACAAAAUGCACUGCAGUUGCUCACUCACCCAGGCUGAGUCCAACCUCCCAAAUCUGUACCUUUCCCAUCAGCAGGCUCGUGGGAUCACCAUCCACCACCUCCUAGUCACACACCAUCCUGACUGCUCUUGCAUCGCUGGGUCUAAAUCUUGGAACUACCUCCCUAACAACACUGUGGACAAGAUGACAGCCGUGGUUCCAGAGGUAUCUCUCACAGAGAGGUGGGGUAGGCAUUAAAUGCUGGCCUCAAUGACAGUGCCUUUACAGUACAUCAGAGAGAAAGGGGCAAGUUGUGGAGGGGUAGGGACUCCCCGGAGAGUGGAGCGGAGCUGGCAAACUCGAAGAAAUCUGUGGGAUAAAUGUAUUUUCUGGAGAUCAUGGAUAUAAUUAGGAUUAGAUUGCAAUUUAAUCAUCAUUGUAUUCUUCCAAAAUAAAGCACUGUGCAGUGCAGACUCCACACUG